GAAAUGGUGGCUGUUGAGUUGGUGGAAAUUAUGGCUCAUGUCAGAAAAGAGCAAAGCAAAAUGCGGAGAACAUAAAGCGCAUGGCAGACUUUGUGGACAUCCUAGCAGAAGAUAAAAAUUGACUCCGAACCAAAACCAAUGGCAAGUUUUCAUGUUCAGUGGGGAAAUCUCUGAAUUGAAGAAAGUUCAAUUUGAAAUCAUUGCAAUACAGAACCAGAACUUGCAAAUUUUUGAGGAUCAGUUGGACUCAUUUGAACAAAACAUCCUUGUGUUGGGAAACUCGGUUCAAUUGUUAUUUUCAAGACAACAGAACAACGACAGCUCCUCCAAACUUUACCGGGUGGUGGGCAGUUCCUACUCCGACUGCGGGGCCAGUGGGGACUCCAUCCACAUCUCAGGAAUAUCUGUCUCUCCCGACACCAUCUCCAUUCCUGGAACUAUAGUUAUCACUGCCUCAAUUACGAACACCGCCAACAUAUCAGCUCCCAUCAAAGCUGAUGUCUCUGUCAAAGUCAAGGUCAGCAUCAUCACCAUCGAUCUCUGUGCCGAGGGACUGAUCAACUGCUCAUUCGCCGAUGUGUGUGCGGAUGCAUCUGCCACCGGAAUCAGCCUCUGCCCAGUGCCCGCUGGAACUAUCUCUGUGAACCAGCUCUCCAUCCCCAUCCCGGCUAUCCCUUCAGUUCCUGUGGAUAAAGUGACUGUAGAAGCCAAAGCAGUUCUCUCCCAAAAUGGGGCUGAGCUCGGAUGCGGAGAAGCGACUGUGAAAGCCGAUUUCAAUCAAUUAGAACUAAAUCAUUUCUAGCUAUUAUUAGAACUGAAUCAAAAAGUUAAUUUUUAACAAUUUUUACUCAUAUCGAUAUAUACUAUCACGAGUUAAAUAAUUCUUGUUUCA